ACCAAGACUCCCUAGCCUCUUUGGGAAUAUAAAUAAGUUUUCAGCUGUUGUUAGUGGCACUAGCUGAGAAACCACAACAGGUGCUAGGAGCUGAAAAUGUUCGUUACUAUCCUGUUUGGAGACAACCAGAUGGAAAUGUUCAAUCUCAACUGUAAGCUGAUCAACUUCAUCCAUUACUUAAAGGAAAGAUGUGGUCUGGACUUCAAAGAUUUUGUGGACCUGAUGGACAGCAGAGGACAAGUGAUGAACCUGGAGGCAAAGCAGCACAGCACGGCUCCGGCCAGCAGCGUACUGGCUGAGAGGCAGUAUUAUGUUGCCCUACGAGUCCAUCGAGAUGAUGAACCUGGAAGUCGGAAAUAUGUCUCCCUCCUCAACAACUACAGCCAAAGUCACCCUGAGUUAACAGAGCUGCUGAAGAAACUGUCAAACCAUGACAAGGAACCAGAAAAAAGGAUCCGAAGACAGACCCAGAGGAGUAAAAACAUCUCUUUGAGCAACAAGAAAAAGCUAACUAAAUAGUUUCUUUAAAUAAAAACAACAACUUAUGUAUUCAUAAUUAAGCAGAUCCAGUUUUAUCACUAAUCUACAUCAGAAAAGCAAUGUAAUGGACAAAUGUUUGAAAACUUGUACUAGCCUUUUUGCUGAGCAAUAGAAAAUUAUGUUAAUAUCCUUAAUUAUGUAUAAUAUAAAUAAAAGUAUUAUCUUCUAAUUUAGCUUAUUUUUACAUUUGAAUUCCUACUGCAAGUCAGAAGUGACAAAGAAAUCAAAUACCAUGGGACAAUGAUGUAUUAAAACCAUCAUAUUGGUCCAAAAUCUUUAUAGAAUUAUGGAUGGGAAACAUUAAAUUACUGCCUAAUAAAACGUCAACAUUUAAUAUUUGAAGUACAUA